UUUUUUCUUGUCUUUUUGAGUUUCUAGUCCUCCCACCCUCUGGCCCAGUCCCGCUCUCAUUCUCUCUGCCUCGGCGCCAAUCGGCUCCUCCCCCUCCGUUGGCGCCGCCUCUCUGCGCCUCUGCAUGUUGCCAACUCCGUCCAUCUGCACCGUGCAGGGUUGACUGUGUUAAAGCAGUGACUGAAUGACUCAAUCCAUUGUGCAAGUUGAUGAAUCAAGUAGUGCCAUAUCAAAAUCAGAACCUUCACUCCUGCCAAUGAAUUCAAACACCAGCACUUUGCCUUUCCCACAGUUUCCUGUACGCCACAAUCAUUUCUCUGUUGUAAUCAAGGGAAACAAAACACAUAUUAUUGUUAUGAGUUAUGAAGAUCAUUUUCAGGUUAUAGCCACUCAAAUAGGAACCAUGGGGACAAUACUGCAUGCCAGGAAGGAAGGUGUGUCGAUUAAUCCAACGUUCAAUGUUUCUGUUAUAUUUGGCAAACGGGAUGAGCCAAUGUUGGCUGCGUGUGCCCGUCAACUGAUUGAGAAGAUAAGUCUCUCUGGCUCCUCUAAGCCACUGGUGCUCUCGCUUGGUCUUAAAGACCAUUCUAAGGAAACACUUAAAGGCAUCAUUUCGGCUGUGAUGGACAAUGGCCUUUGGUGACAAAUUGCUCAUGAAAUGCCAAAUUAUGAAUCUGUUUUUGUUUUUGUUUUUGUUUUUUUUGCUGUUGUUUUUCUUUUUGUAAUUUAGCUACGAAUGUGCUUAAUAUGGGUAUGCUGGAUUCAAGUAUUUGAUCAUUUGAUAUGUUUUGCAAAUUUGGACUAAUUAUACAUGAAAUGAGUGAAAGCAGUUACUGGAUUUUA